CUGCGACUCAAGGAAGGGGACUCCAUUCGAGCCGUGUUGUUAUUAUCAUCCUGAGCUAGCUGUCAACCUCAACCUGUUAGCACGCCGACAUGUCUUCAGACUUCGAAGCCUACGAGCAGGACUUUGGGACCGCCACGGCCGAGAUAACCAACAAAAUCGGCAGAGUUCCCAAACUGAGCGGGGAGGAGAAGACGCAGCUGGUUCUAAAUGUCGACAAACAGCUUGAAGAAGUCAGAGAGUUGCUGGAGCAGAUGGACCUGGAGGUGCGGGAGAUCCCCGUCCAGAGUCGAGGCAUGUUCAACAGCCGACUGAAGAGCUACAAGCAGGAAAUGGAGAAGCUGGAGAAAGACUUUAAAAGGUCACGCAUUGCCUACAGUGAUGAGGUGCGCCACGAUCUCCUGGGGGACGACGCCGGCUCCUCCGAGAACCAGUUGAUAAAGUUACGCGAAGAGAGAGCGCAUCUGUUGGACAACACUGAGAAGAUAGAAAGGUCAUCGCGGAGACUGGAGGCCGGCUACCAGAUAGCAGUAGAAACUGAACAAGUGGGCCAGGAGAUUCUUGCCAACCUGCACACCGACCGUGAGAAGAUCCAGAGAGCCAGAGAAAGACUGAGAGAAACCGACGCCAACCUGGGCAAGAGUUCUCGCAUCCUUACCGGCAUGCUGAGAAGGUAAGAGGAAGGAUCAUCCAGAACCGUGUGCUGAUCUUCAUCCUCGGAGCCAUCAUCCUGCUCACCAUCAUCCUGGCCAUCUAUUUCAAUCUGCGGGGCCACUGAUCUCUACACACACACACUCCCCCUUCCCGACACAAAUACAAACACACACACACCCGUGAUUAAUAGCGACAAAAGCGUUGUUCUGCUGUAAUUAGGACAAAUGGUCCCCAUGAAUCACUGUUUCCAAAGCCUGACAGGGAGCUAUUUUUUUCCAUCUCCUUCCCGUUCGAUGUCCCCUCCUCUCUUUCCCUCUCUUACCUUUUUUCUUUUCUCUCUCUUGUCUUUUCUCCUCUUCAGCUUUGUCCUCUCCCUGUCGGGCGUUCUCCUACAUUUCCAGGGACAAACAUUUUUGGGAGGGGGGUGGCGAGAUGUUUUAUGACAGUUCAUAUUUUUCACGGCGGCGUCCUGCAGCUCAUCGUGCCCUGAGGUGGG